CCCGCCCUCUGGCUGUUCCCCGGCUGAGGCGGGGCGGCGGUAGCUAUGGCGGCUGUGACCGAUGUGCAGCGGCUACAGGCCCGUGUGGAGGAACUGGAGCGCUGGGUGUACGGGUCGGGCGGGCCGCGCGGCUCUCGGAAGGUGGCUGAUGGCCUAGUCAAGGUACAGGUGGCUUUGGGGAACAUUGCCAGCAAGAGGGAGAGGGUGAAGAUUCUGUACAAAAAGAUUGAAGACCUGAUCAAAUAUCUGGAUCCUGAGUACAUUGACCGCAUCUCCAUACCUGAUGCCUCUAAGCUGCAAUUCAUAUUAGCAGGUAGUGCUGGACAGUGUGUGCACAUGAAUCUGGGGAUUAUGGAUUGUGGGGGAAGUUGGGCACAGAGAUGGCCUCUCUGCCAGUCCUCUCAUGGAUACAGCUCUGGAAGCUGCUGUCUGGAAUUCUGGCCUGGCUCUGGGCUGAGACCUGAGGUCAUCCUGUAGUCCUCUAGUAGGCCU